GUACUUUUACAGUUGGGAACUGCUACAAAGAACAUUGUAAACACUGUACUGGAACUUAGAGCGGAUGAAAAGUUGCCGGCUAUUUGUUUCAACGACGACCGGGUUGUCUGUGAACUAUUAGCGAAGAAAGUGUUUGCUUAUUUCGAACGAGAGCAAAACAUAUUUGAGGCUACUCCCGAGUUUAAAAAGAAUUUCGAAAUAAAAGAUGAGGAGAAAUUACUUAAAAUUGCGAAGAGGAAGCGCGAUGAGCUAAGUAAGAAGCGUGAAAAAAUGAAAAAAAAAACUGGCAGAAGAGGGGAGGAUGAUGAUGGUGGACAGGAUGUUAUGGAGACGGAACGUAUGGGUGAUGAUGACGAGUUUGAUCCUUUAGCUGCUCGACGGUUGAAGUUGAGAAAUGUUUUGGCAAAAUAUAAGUUGCAUGUAAGACAUUACGAUGAAGAUUUCGUUGAGGAAGUGAAAAAGCGAUUAGUGAAAUUUAAAAAUCGCAGGGAGUCAACUAAGAUAUUACUUAAACUUAUUGAACGUGGCAUUGCCUAUCAUCAUGAAGGAUUGAAUGCGCCGGAACGUGGUUGUAUCGAGAUGCUAUUCAGAUCUGGGUAUAUUGGGUUGCUCUUUUCGACAUCAACCUUGGCCCUUGGUAUAAAUAUGCCAUGCAAAACAGUUCUGUUUGGGGUAGACACACCAAAUUUAACCCCUUUGCAGUUUCGCCAAAUGUCUGGUCGUGCUGGGCGUCGUGGUUUCGAUCAUUCCGGAAACGUUAUUUUCAUGUCAAUUCCUACAUCUAAGAUUCGUAGAUUGCUGACUGCAAGUUUGUCGUCACUUCGUGGCAACCUUCCAUUUACUGUAUCCUACUUCCUUCGGUUAUUCAUGUUCGUGUAUCAGAGAAAUGAAACGGCUGUUGCUGUGCCGUCUGACAGUAGUACAGGCAUCGAAAAACGUUUUAAGGCCGCUCUAGCGUUGCUGAAGAACUCGUUUAUUCUUCACACUUGUAGCAGCAAGAGAGCAGAGGUUUUGGAGAAACAAACAAAGUUAUUCGCGAUAUAUUCGUUUCAGUUGCUUAGAUGGCUAGACUUACUUGAUUCUGAAGGUAUGCCGAAAGGACUGGCUCCUGUUGCUGCACAUUUGUGGAGCGAAGAGCCAGGGAAUCUGAUUUUCGUCUAUCUGCUUCAAAAUGGAGUCUUUCAUAGAUUGUGUGAUAGAGCCAGUACUACCGGAUCGUCGCUUGAAAUAAAAAAAGAGUUAAUCAAUAUUUUUGCGCACCUUUUCACUAAUACUAGGCUUCCUCUUACUUGGGACCCAAACGAUGAAACUUCGUAUCCGCAUGAUAGUGAAGCAGCGGUAUUUUUAAAAGACCUCCCAGAGGAGUGUGAGGUAUUUUUAAACACGUAUAAUAAGAAAGUGGAAGAAUUAUGGAGGGACUUUUUAACGCUCGUUGGAACCGAUAGCGCCUUGAAGAUUCAUAGCGAUGUGUAUUCUUUUACUGGGAAGUCAGUUUUUUCACUCAAUUCUCUGUUGCAUGAUGUUGUACGUCCCUGUUGUGAAGAAUUUACGUUUGAUAGCGGCUUAUUUCCUGUUAGAUUGACUAAUCCACUAGAUCAUCGUGGAAACAAGGUGUACUUUAAUGCGUAUGCUUAUGAUUUCUAUACCAGUGGGUCAAAGAAGUUGUUAAAUCGUUGCAACAAUUUGGAUGACCGGUCAUCAUGGCUUUCAAUUCGAAAUUUCAGCGUUACUUUGAAAAAAAUAGCCACGGGUCUAACCGAGGUGUGCAGGGCUAUAUUAAAGUGGUUUGCUCUGGUCGCUGUUCUUGGUGGAGGAGUAUUCCGUGAAGAACGGUUCACGGAAACUACGUUCCUACCUGUCAGGGAUAUGAUUUCUUUGGAAAUUGUUCCUGGGCAGGUGGUACCGGUCGGGAAUGUGCUUCGGUAUGCUUGGGGAGUUCUUAGGGAGUAUCUGGGGGGCAGAUUUGACGUCAACGAUUUAUUUCCAUUGUCUGACUUGGAAACAUGGGGAUCGGAAAUAAGAAUGGAACUUCAUUCAGUGUGA